AUGCAAUAUCUGGACCUAGACCAAGGCACAACCGACUAUGACCCCUACCCCAAUCACGGGAAAUUGAUCAGCAUCACCCUCACGACCCAAUCAGGCAUGAUACCAGAAGCAUUUCAGCGACUUCUCUACGUUGCAGCUAGCGAGAUGGAGCCACGGCGCCGGCGACCAAGAGUUCAUUCUCUGGGUUUCCGUCUCAGCCACCUUGAGGUGGAGAGCAUUGAGGAAGAUGAGAGAAUUUCCAACAAGAUGAGAUACUCUCCUCAAGCGCUUUGCCGAACAGGAUACUGA